CGCGUACGUGUCCCGCAGACACCACGGCCCCCUCACGCUCGACGAUCCGACGUAGUCCAAUUUGAGGUCCGCGGCUCCCUUGGUAUUCGCGUGUGCGACGUACUGAGCUACAAUGCUCAGCUCGACGCCAGUGAGGAUCGCGUCCUGGAGCGCACAGGCGUUCGCCAAAUCCACCAUGUCAUGACUUGGCCGGGCUAUGAUCGGAGCGGCCGUUAUAUCGUCGUCCAAGAGAAUGGCUUGUUUAUCAGUCGAGGCCGUUUGGCAUGGGCUGUCUGCCGGCAGAUUAGAACAUUUGUACAGUAUAUUACGCGGGUGGGUCGUAGUAACCAGCGGUGGGCUAUCAACGACCACGGGCCAGGAAUACGUUUGCAAGACCUAUGGCUUGUCUCCAUCGUUCACGAUGGUAACGUAUGGCGAUCAGAGAUUGAAGCCCAUGUCCAAGCACCUUGA